GCUCGGACGACGACCGCGGCGAACAAUCAGUUGCAGCUCGAGCAUCGGUCCUUUGCGUCAGUUAAUCGUCGCGUUGCGAUCCUGUUGAAGUGGUUCUUCCACUGAAGGACAGCAGACAAGAGAAGAAGAUUUGAAAAUGAGGAAAAACUAACUGUUCACAGCUAGGCAAGAACGCAAGAAUGGUUAGAAACUGCUGUAAGCUUUGUUUAGUAGUGAGUAUAGCAUUGCAAUAGUAGGCUCUGUCUGCGACGAGGACAGCUCGCCAAUCGAUCCGGAUUAAAGCGGGAUACAGUCGACUUCCGUUUGGCCUACUUCGACACAAGAAGAACAGGAGAAAAAAGCUUUUGUUGCAAGUUUCGUCUGCUGCGGCUAGUGCCAUUCGACGUCGCGGUUGUUCAAUGUGUGUUGUAUGUUGGUCAUUACUUUCGCAAAAAGGGUCCUUGACUCGUGCUACAAUUCUGACGCAGUGAACGAGAAAACCAAGAGGAAUACAAAUCAAAAACGGCAUUUACAUCCUCAGUUACUCUGUGCUAGUGUUUCCCAGUGAGAGUUUCCUUCAUUGUGGCAGGGAAACCGGAAAAUUACUGGGGAAACCAACGGAAUUCGCAUAUAUGAUACAAAAAAAUGGAAAAUGCAUUGUAGGAUUGACUAUUGGUAGUAGUAAUUGCAACAGCAGCAGCGACAAAGGAAACGCCUGGUGCUUGGUGACGAAACAAGUGGGGCAAAAUGAGUCAGUCGAGUGGCAGUGUUUAUGGAUGUUGUGUCAUUUUGUGAAUGAAAAUCGAUACCAGCCUAGAGUGUCCGUAAGCAAAAAAGUAACCAGUAGCACACAGACAGCACAUUGAAGUUGGUAUUUUUUUGUUUUCUCCUGUAAUGCUGCUUAACAUCCCGCGAUUGUGCAUCCGAUGUAUUUGUUCGAGUCAUGGCAGAAAGGCCUAAUAUUACUGCACAUCGGAGAAAAACACAAUAAAAAAUUGGCAAUCGCCAGACCGGAACUCGACGUCCUGCCGCCUAUCCAGUCUACCGUGUAAAUUAUUCGUUGUUUCCCUCAAUUUUCGUGGACGGACGUUCAGUUUUUUUCAGCCGUCGCUUUGUGCAUUAUUGAUGGUAGCGAUUUCGAUUUGGAAAACUAUUGUGGCGUUAAAUUAUAUGUGGCGCCCAAUACUCGUAACGGAUAUAAGUGAACAAAAGAGUAAAUAGGCAGAAGGAAAAAAGCCAGUUUGAAAAGAAACUAUUCGCGUUUACGUCGACUGAAGGUGGUUCUUGCGUUUUACAGAAGGAAGGUUAACUGCUGCUUGUUUGAAAAUAGUGCAAAUUCAGCGAUAAAGUGAACGCGAGAUGGCGCUGCAAACUAGUCGACGGGCGCCGCUCUCAUUUCGUCAUCAUGAAAAACUCACAACUAACUAUAUACAAUCACACCACCUCAAUAAACAGUUGAGUGCACCGCUAAAGCAACAGUUUAUUAAACACCAAGUAAACAGCUAGCUACUAAUCAAAAACAGUUAAAUCAAAAGUAAGCAAAAUGUUAAAAUGAGAAAACGAAUACUAGUUACUAUCACUGCUACUACAAUUACUAAACAAAAAUUUGCAUAAAGUAAACCUAGUUAAGGGGCGUUAAAGAUAAAGAAAAAACGAAAAAUCAAAAUAAAAAUAAAAAAGCGAAUAAACCAGCGUCUUGAAAAGAAACAGCCAUCAGAGCAAACCGUUAGAAUCAAAUAUCGAAUAAUAUCAGUCAGUCAAUUUCCGAAUCCAUCCUCUCCCACUUAUCCGCAAUACACAAAAACCCCCGCCCCCACAGAUAACUGGAACGUAUGAUCAUCGUUGUUGCCGUCAUCGUCUGCUACGAUCAUCCCCGCCAAGUUCCCUGUCGUCGCAGUCAUCAUCCAAACUAGACCCUGGAAGAAGUUGGAGCACCGUCGUCCGUUUGUCAACAUGGAACUGGUCACGACGACCGCCACCUUGGCACUGAUGUUGACACUGGUGGCGCUGAUGUUACUGUUGCCUUAUCACGGUGUGGCAGCGGCUCUUACUGCCGAUUUGUCCACAUUGGCCAGCAGCAGUAGCUGCAGCAGCGGACUAACUAUGCUGUACCGGUUCAGUGCCCUGACCGGUCGGCGGCUUCUGCUAGGAUUACCGUCGGCGAUGCUUACACUCGGAAUCAGCUGGAUGCUGGUGCCAUUGCCAGUUGUUCAAGCCGGAUAUCACGAAAAGCGACUGUUGCACCAUUUGUUGGAUAAUUACAACGUAUUAGAACGACCGGUUGUCAACGAGUCGGACCCACUACAACUCAGCUUCGGUCUAACGUUGAUGCAGAUCAUCGAUGUGGACGAGAAAAACCAGCUGCUGAUCACUAACAUUUGGUUGAAACUGGAAUGGAACGACAUGAACGUUCGGUGGAACUCUUCCGAGUAUGGAGGAGUACGAGAUUUGCGGAUACCACCACAUCGACUAUGGAAACCGGAUGUGCUAAUGUACAACAGCGCCGAUGAAGGUUUUGACGGAACUUAUCCAACGAAUGUCGUGGUUCGAAACAACGGUUCUUGUUUGUAUGUACCGCCCGGUAUUUUCAAAUCCACUUGCAAGAUCGACAUCACCUGGUUCCCGUUCGACGAUCAGCGGUGCGAAAUGAAGUUCGGCUCCUGGACGUAUGAUGGCUUCCAGCUAGAUUUGCAACUGCAGGAUGAAUCUGGAGGUGAUAUUAGCAGUUUUAUAACAAAUGGCGAGUGGGAACUACUGGGAGUUCCAGGCAAGAGGAAUGAAAUCUACUACAAUUGCUGCCCCGAGCCUUAUAUCGACAUAACCUUCGCAAUCCUAAUCCGGCGCAAAACGCUGUACUACUUCUUCAACCUGAUCGUGCCGUGCGUGCUGAUCGCGUCAAUGGCUUUGCUCGGAUUCACACUACCGCCAGAUUCUGGCGAAAAAUUAUCACUUGGAGUAACCAUUCUACUGUCACUCACUGUCUUCCUUAAUAUGGUGGCGGAAACCAUGCCGGCCACUUCAGAUGCCGUUCCUCUGCUAGGAACGUAUUUCAAUUGCAUCAUGUUCAUGGUAGCCUCAUCGGUUGUAUCCACGAUUCUGAUUCUGAAUUAUCAUCAUCGAAAUGCGGACACACACGAGAUGUCAGAUUGGAUCAGAGUUGUCUUUCUUUCCUGGCUACCAUGUAUUCUUCGAAUGAGUCGACCCGGAGAACCAUUCCCACAUCCCUGCCGCCAAGCAGUAGACGAGAAAAACAAACAACUACAAGAAGUGGAAAUGCGUGAAAGAUCCUCCAAAUCGUUGCUGGCCAACGUGCUAGAUAUCGACGAUGAUUUCCGAUGCAACCACCGGUGCAGUACACUACCACAUAAUCCAACUUACUAUAGGACAAUGUACCGCCAAGGAGACGACGUCAGUGUCGGCGUAUUAACUGGCGGUGGAGGUAUCGGCGGAACGGACACUAUCGGCCGCAGUGCUGGAGUCGGCACGAUUAGUGCCGCUACCGGUGGCCGUCUGCAUGAAACCGUAUCCUCGCACACCUGUCUAAGCUCAUCGGCCGAGUACGAGUUAGCAUUGAUACUGAAGGAGCUCCGGUACAUUACCGAUCAGCUACGGAAGGAGGACGAAAACGGUGAAGUUACCCGUGACUGGAAGUUCGCCGCUAUGGUGGUUGACCGUUUGUGCCUUAUCAUUUUUACCCUGUUCACGAUCAUCGCGACGCUGGCUGUAUUGUUUUCAGCGCCUCAUUUUAUCGUUUCAUAACAACCAUCAUCACCAUCAACCGCAGCUACAGCAGCACCAGCUACGACAACAACAACCGCAACCCACUCAUCCUACCCGGCAACAACAUCGACAACAAACCAAGUAAACGCCGGCAGUAAUGUUGAUCUUGAGAUCGUUGGAAUUCUUCAUUCCAGUAAUGCGUCCGAAGCAGAAGACCCAACCUCGUGGAUACUCAUAGGAGGAACUCUGGCGUUGGUAGUUUUGGUUGCGGCUCUCGCAUCACUUGCCUUGUUGCUGGCGGCACUGAUGUUGCUGGGCAAUGGGACUCUAACUCAACUGUUUGCGGUGACUGAUAAUAAGUUAAGAAAAUACGUUCAUAUUUUCGUAAAAAGUUUUAAAUUAAUAAACGAUGCAUAAGAGACAUAAGGUCAUGUAAAACAAAAAUGAGAGAGAUAACAGCAUCAAUAAUACCGCUUAGUGGCGGCAGACAUUUUUUCGAUGAAUAUCUAGUCAGAUCAGUUUUUAAAAAAAAAACAAACGAACAGUUUCCUCGGUGAAAUAGUAAUGUGAGUAAUUUUUCGUCUACUUUUUAACUUUUUCCCUUUUAUAGGUGAUUUUGCGUAGACGUACUCCAGUGAAGACCUAUACUGUCAAUAACCAUGUUAGAUAAGUUGACUUGGAAUUACUACUUAUCGCAUACGAACGAUGAAAUGUAGUAACUAACUUGAAUUACAUCCGGUUUCUAUAUUUACAUCAAACGUAGCAUUGCAACUAUGUACAUUACUGAUAGAUUUUGUUAGAACAACACCAUAUCCAGCUCGCUAUCUGGUGUUCCAACUGUUUCCAGGUGUAGUGUAAAUAAUUUUACCAAUGCACAUUUACCACCCAACAGUCUAUAUGUAAAAGUAAUUCAAUACCUAGUUCUACAGUCCCAUACUUAUACUCAUACCUUUUAAUUGCUUCAUUAUUAUUGCUUCCCUUACCUAUAGGUAGGUUUGAUAGUUUCACUUUUUAGUAGCUGGCUGCGUGCUACUAUCAUCCUAAUGAAAACAACAUUCGCCGAUCUCACACAGUGAGGGUGAGGAAUAAAUAAGAGUCGCAUCAAACUUAUUGAAUAUAUUAGUUAAUAAUAUGAUAACAAUGAAUAAUGAACAAAAUAACUAGUGAAGUUGUAUACCCUAAGUGAUCUUUUUAUACAUAAUGAGACAAAAGGCACGAGUUAAUCUUUCAAUUGUUGAUAGGCGGAGAUUAACGGAACUCUUUAGCUAAUAUGUAGGUUGUUGAAUAUUAAUGCUAUAAUGAAUAACGUAGUUAUGUAAUGCUUAUAAUAACAUAAAGAAAUAAAUAAAUAAAUAAAUAUCUAUAUA